UUUAUUUAGCACUUUUAUUGCAUUUAACUUCUAAUUCCAAGUUGCAAAAGACUGGCUUUGUAUUGUGUCCAAAGUUAUAUAAUUGCAAUUAAAUUAUACAAGCAAAACACAAUGUAAUAGUUUAAUUAUUUAAAUUUCCGCAUUUCUUGCAGUGAGCAUGAAGUAGUAUAGGUUGCAUAAUUACAAUGUGUGUUAAUUUUGGUGGAAAAGUAUAAAAUGUAAAUGAACAGGGUUUAUGUUCCCCUAACGACUUUUUAACAAGUUUUUAACUAAUUAAAUAUAAUGGUGUAAGGCUAUAACUUAAUUUUAUUACAAUUGCCUGCAUAAUUUUAAAUUGUUGAUAUUAAAUGGGCAAAUUCCAAAGGUUGAGAUCUGAUGAGCAGUGAUAAGUAUAUGUAAGACAGAAAUCAGCUUUUCUGUUAAAUUUCUUACAAAAAAUGGCAUUAAAAGGAAUAAAAGUUCUUGAAUUUGCUGGCCUUGCCCCCGCACCUUUUUGUGGCAUGAUUCUGGCUGAUUUUGGUGCAUCAGUUACAAGAAUUGACAAACUGCAACCUAUGGAUAUGGUUGAUAUACUAGGCAAUGGAAAGAAAACAAUAGCAUUGGAUUUAAAGAAAUCUGAAGCAAUCAAAGUUAUUAAGCAACUCAGCAAUCAAUCAGAUGUGUUGAUUGACCCAUUUAGAGCUGGUGUUCUUGAGAAACUAGGCUUGGGUCCAGAUAUUCUCUGCAAAGAAAACGCUAGACUUGUGUAUUCCCGCCUUACUGGCUAUGGUCAGUCUGGCAAUUUUGCCAAAAGAGCUGGACAUGACAUCAACUACAUGGCAAUGAGUGGAUUUCUCUCAUUGCUUGGCAGGAAAAAUGAAAAACCAUUAUUUCCAAUCAAUUAUGCUGCUGAUUUUGCUGGUGGUGGUCUUGUUUGUGCCUUUGGGAUAGUCAUGGCAUUAUUUGAGAGAGCCAUUAGUGGAAAGGGGCAAGUUAUUGAUAGUAAUAUGACUGAAGGUACAGCAUAUGUCUCUAGCUGGUUGGCUAGGUCACAAAACACAAUGUUAUUUACAAAUGCAAGAGGGGAAAAUCUUUUGGAUAGUGGUGCACAUUUUUAUGAUGUAUAUGAGACAAAGGAUGGCAAGUUUAUGGCUGUUGGUGCUAUUGAACCACAGUUUUAUCAAGAACUCUUGGAUGGAUUGUGUCUCAGUUUGGAUGAGGCACCUUAUUUAGAUUUUGAGGAAGGAAAGAAGUUGUUCACUAAGAAAUUCUUAGAGAAAACACAAGAAGAAUGGUCCCAGAUCUAUGAAUCAACGGACGCUUGUGUUACACCUAUUUUAUCAUAUGAAGAAGCUGCUAAUCAUCCUCACAAUAAACAAAGGAAAAGUUUUCUUGUCAAGGAUGGUGUUGUUAUUCCGAAACCUGCUCCUAUAUUAUCAAGAACACCAGGGCAAAGUCGAGGAAGUGAACCUAAGCUACGAAAUGGAGAACAUACUGUCGAUAUUUUACAAAAUUUAGGAUAUACUGCCAAAGAAAUUAAACAAUUGGAUGAGGAUGGUGUAAUUAGUAUUGCUAGUAGUAAGUUGUAGAUAUUUUUAUAGAUUUUUCUAGCAAUUUGUAAUGUUCAUGUAUAAAGAUUCAACUUCAUUUAGAAGUACUAAGUUCUUAA